CCCGAGCCACUGAUAAACCGAGAGCAGCAGAGCGCGAGAGGGACGGAGGGAGUGUGCGGGUUAAUUCCUCAAAUUAACAAAAAUGCAAAUUAUUACAUUAUUCCAGCUUGUUUCUGCCUCAAUAUUGGCACUGGCUGCCAAUGCAGAGGUGUAUUUUAAAGAGCAGUUUCUGGAUGGAGAUGCCUGGAAGAGUCGAUGGGUGAACUCGGAGCACAAAUCUGACUAUGGCCAGUUUAAACUAACCGCCGGAAACUUCUACGGAGAUGCUGAGAAAGACAAGGGUCUGCAGAGCAGCCAGGAUGCCCGUUUCUAUGCCACCUCAGGCCGCUUCGAGCCCUUCAGCAACGAGGGCAAACCUCUGGUGAUCCAGUUCACCGUCAAACACGAGCAGAAGAUCGACUGCGGAGGCGGAUACGUUAAAGUCUUCCCGGCUGAUCUCAACCAGGCUGACAUGCACGGAGACUCCCAGUAUUACGUCAUGUUUGGGCCUGAUAUCUGCGGCUAUAGCACCAAGAAGGUCCACGUCAUCUUCAACUACAAAGGCAAGAAUCACCUCAUCAAGAAAGAGAUCAAAUGCAAGGAUGAUGAACUGACUCACUUGUACACACUGAUCCUGAAUCCGGAUCAGACGUACGAGGUGAAGAUUGACAACGAGAAGGUGGAGUCUGGCUCUCUGGAGGAGGACUGGGACUUCCUGCCCCCGAAGAAGAUCAAGGACCCCGAAGCCAAGAAACCUGAGGACUGGGACGACCGCGCCAAGAUCGACGACGAGACGGACACCAAACCUGAGGACUGGGAUAAGCCUGAGAACAUUCCCGAUCCUGAUGCCAAGAAGCCAGACGACUGGGAUGAAGAUAUGGACGGAGAGUGGGAACCUGCCAUGAUCCCAAACCCAGAGUACAAGGCCAGUUUCUCAUCACACUUUACACAGUGUUUGCACAUUAAACCACUAAGAGGCGCUUUUCUCCCUCUAUCAAAUUCAGUUCACUGUGAGAAACACAGCAGACACCAACAUGUUUCUGUUUCUGUUUUGUCUCUCCAGGUAAAAUCCGGCACUAUUUUUGACAACUUCCUAAUCACAGAUGACGUGAAGGAAGCCGAGGAUUUCGGAAAUGAAACAUGGGGUGCUACAAAGGGUCCUGAGAAGAAAAUGAAGGAGGAACAGGAUGAGAAGAAACGCAAAGAGGAGGAGGAGAAGAACAAGGAGCAGAGCACAGAAGCAGGCGAUGAGGAGGAGGAGGAGGAAGAUGAAGGCGAGGAGGAAGAGACAGAAGAGCCUCCGGAGGAGGGAGACGACGAUGCGCUUCCUAAAGACGAACUGUAACGCAGGAAG